GGGUGCAGGGCAUAGGACCCACAGCACCCACGGGUGACAUCUCUGGAGUGAAGUAUAUGAAGGAGAUCUCCCCUUACUUCAAGAACAACCCCGCGGGGGCCACGGUGAGCUGGGACCCGUCUCCUGGCGCCCCGCAGAAACGAUCCUCCCCUGUCCUGCCCCCUCGGGAACUCCGAGAGGGCCGCACGGUGCCGCUGAAGAUGUGCUACGUGUCCCGCAAGUGCCUCCCCACCGACCCGGAGCACAGGUACCUGGAGGUGUGCUCUGCGGACGGGCGCGUCGCCCUCUUCCUGCGGGCGAAGGACGAGGCCACGGCGCAGUCCUGGCUCGGCGCCAUCCAGGCCAACGCGGGCGCGCUGCUGCCGCGGGUGAAGGAGGAGCUGCGGGCACAGCUGGCGGCCGCGGGCACGGCGGCCGGGCGGGAUGUCAAGCACGUGGGCUGGCUGACCGAGCAGCUCCCCAGCGCCGGCACCAGGAACCUCCUGGCCGUCCUCACGGAGAAGGAGCUGCUGCUGUACGGCAGCCUGCCCCAGAGCCGGGAUGCCCUGGGCAAGCCCACGCACAGCUACCCCCUCAUCGCCACCAGGUAGGGGCCACCGGCCCGC